CAUUUCAAAAUAAAACGCAUUCCCCGCAUACCACCUGUCAAGAGUUAUCGACUUUAACAAGCGGAGUUCACAAACACCAUCUUAUCGACUUUUACUUUGAAAUCGGCGAAGCUCGUUUGGGUUUCGGGGCUGGCUGUAGUGGCAACACUACCGAGUAGUACUGGUGCGUCUCCGGCUCCGUCCAACCCGCAGACAUGAAGCUCCGGUGGAUCGGCUCCGUGCUGCUCUUGGCGGCCGCCUACUACGUCUACCUCCCGCUGCCCAGCGGCGUGAGUGAGCCGUGGAAGCUGAUGCUGCUGGAUGCCUUGUUCCGGAGCUGCAUGCAUGUGGGUGACGUGGCUCACGCGCUGGGCGUGUGUCAUCGCGUCAGCCUCAUCAGCCAGGUGGUGGCGUGGGUGGAGGUGAUCGGGCCGCGCUCCUGCCCCGCGGUGGACGUCAGCGACAUUCUCCUCGGGGGCGUGCCAACCCGUGUCUUCCGGCCAAUCGGCGGACAGAAGCUGAAGAGGGGCGUGGUCUACUUCCACGGCGGGGGCUGGGCCCUGGCCAGCGGGCGGAUGCGAUCCUACGACCUUCUGUCUAGGAAGAUGGCCGAGGAUCUCGACGCGGUCAUCAUGUCAGUGGAUUACCGCCUGGCCCCGGAGGUGGUGUUCCCGGGGCAGUACGAGGACGCCGUGGCGGCGUCCAGGGCCUUCCUGUCGGCGGGGGUCCGGGAGCGCUACGGACUGGACCCCCAGAGGCUCUGCGUGUCGGGGGACAGCGCGGGGGGGAACCUAGCCGCCGCCGUGGCCCAAGAGCUGGCUCUGGACUCCAGCCUGGAGGUCCGCUUCAAGGCCCAGGCGCUGGUCUACCCGGUCCUCCAGGCCCUCGACUUCCACACGGCGUCCUACCAGCAGAACCACGACGUGCCCAUCCUGUACCGGCCCGUCAUGGCCCGCUUCUGGCUGCAGUACCUGGGCGCCGACCCCGCCCUGGAGCCCCUACUGCUGGCCAACAACCACAGCUCCCUGGACCAGGCCGGCCUCCCCGCCGCGCACCGGUCCAAACUAGACUGGACCGCCCUGCUCCCCGCCGGCCGCAGGAAGCACUACCGGCCGGUCGUCAGGGCGACGGGCUCGCCGGGCGUGGUCGACGCGGUGCCCGCGCUGACGGACGCGCGGGCCGCGCCGCUGCUGGCGGAGCGCGGCGUCCUGGCCAGGACGCCGCGGUGGGCGUACGUGAUGACGUGCGAGUUCGACGUGCUGCGGGACGACGGGCUGAUGUACGCGCGGCGGCUGCGGGACGCCGGCGUGGAGGUGACCGGCGACCACUACGAGGACGGCUUCCACGGCUGCAUGGUGUUCGCCUACCCCCCCGUGAGCUCCUCCGUGGGCCGCCGCAGCAUGGACAACUACAUCCGCUGGCUGGACCAGAACCUCUAGGGGGGGGGGCCGGGGGGCCGGGCGCACGGUGGCACCAGGGGUCCGGAACCGAUUCUAGACAAUGUGUGGGACGGGCGGGAGCUCGAGUGGAACGCUUGACGACGAAGAAUGUUCUAGGCAAUGUGUUCUAGAGGCGAGCCGACGGACAGAACCACUCGAUACAAGCACAGGGUGUUCUAGAAAGAGUUAUUCUAGACGCGACCAAAACCCCUCGACGACCAAUAGAACCACUCGAUGGAACCGCAUACUGUUCUAGAAAUAUAUAUUUGAGAGGCCACAAGAACCCCUCAACGACCAAUAAAACCAGCCCAUUCCCGAACCGGAACGACAAUUAAUGUUCUAGAAAACGUGUUCUAAAACGAGUCGAGCAGAACCGCUAGCUAACCAAUAGAACCACAAAAUGAUCUAGAAAACUUAUUCUAGACGCGACCAAAACCCCUCGACGACCAAUCGAACAACUUGUACAACCACAUACUGUUCUAGAAAAUAUAUUUUAGAUGAGAGACGACCAAUGGAACCACUCGACAGAGCCACAGAAUGUUCUACAAAAUAUAUUCUUGAUACGACCCGGACCCCCAAGCGGACCAAUCAGAAACACACGAUGGAACCGUGCGUGUCGAUGCAGAACUUUCUAGAAUCCCGGUAGGUUCCGGAAGCUACAAGAGCGUCUCCCGUCGCCUCCCCCGGCAGGGGAGACCGGGGAAGGGACUGGAACCGGCAGGAGGAGGUGAUGGCACCGUGGGCCGGAGGGGUCGGGGCUUCACCCCACCCUGUCCCAGACACCUCCAGGGACUGUUAUUGGAAGCACUUGGCCGGGGGGAUGAUGAGGCUCUCGGCAGGGACACGACUGACUGCACACGGGGGGUCCGGACUGAACGGGAACACGUUGGAUUCUCUCGUGUUGAUUUCCGAUUCAUGCUGACAAUCGCUGUUGUUGUUUUUCUGGGAAUUCUCGAAAAAGAUUCAGAGUCGCGCUAUGCAAAUACAAAAAUGACCACUUAUUCAACCAAAACAAUGCUGCCAAAAUAUAUCAUAUCAAGGAAAUGCUGUAUAUAUUGAUCUAUAAAACCACUAAAUGAGUCGCUGAGUCCGGUUGAAACCAGCUUUGUGCUUUUGGAUUGAACUCCUAGCACUUAAACGUCCCAAAGUACCAAGAGUUAAACUAAAAUACAUCAUAUACUACCUAUAAACGUACUACCUAUACUGUCCGAGCAGACCUAGCCUGCUAACACGCUAACACAGACCAUACCACGACCCGUCGUGGCGUAUGCGGGGAAUGUGUGUGUGGGGGUUGAGUUAAAGAGCAAGUGAGUAAAUGAGAUAGUGGGUGAGUGAGUAAGUGUGCACGAGAGAGCGAGCGAGAGAAAAAAGUGUGUGUAUGUCUGUGUGUGUGUUUUUGAUACAAAGAAAGCAAGACCGAGUCUGCGGCUGUGAGGUUGGGGAGAACACAUUAGAGCUUAUAUCACACACACACACACACACACACACACACACACACACACACACACACACGUCACCACCCCCCCCCCCCCCCCCCCCCCCCCCCUUGGAGACCACUGUUUUGUUUUUGCACAGCAGACCCGCUGGCCGGGGGGUCGAUGACCUCACAUCGCCGUGGCGACCAUGAGCCAGAUCCGCCUCCUCACUCUUCCUCUUCGUCCUCAUUACGAAUAAUUAGAACGAUAGGAUCUAUUAUACGUAGAAGAUUAGUUGGACAUCAAGCUCGAAUGAAAACAACAAGCCGCAUUCCUCAACCCCCCCCCCCCCCCCCCCCCCGAAAGGAAAUAAUCUUUUUUGAGCCUUUAAAAUUGAGCUUUUUCUGGGGGGGGGGGGGGGGUGGGGGGAGAGUUUCCUCUUGAGUGAAAAGCAGGAACUCAGACUACAUCUCCCAGAGGUCAUUGGGUGUUUGGCUGCAGAAGCAGAGUUCAAGGGGAGACCCAGAUACAAGGCUAGGGGCAGCGGUUCAGAGCCAGGGGGUGUUGGGUUUGUGUACCGUGUUGUGUAGCAGAGCUAAGAGUGAACCAUCAACCUCUCGCACAAACAGAACAACUCUGCACCGGGUGAAGAGAUUAUCUUACUUUAAUCUGUAUCACAGUAUUAGCUGUAUUUUGUAUGAUUUCAGAGGGUCUCGCAUUGGUGGAGGGGGAGCACAUUGAUUCAAAGAACCAACAGCGUUGAAAGAUGUUUGUUGAUACUAUAUUUGCGGAUAUUAAUAAUCAUAAAUCAUAACUGACUGUGAUUUGGGAUUCUAGGUUCAGUCAGGAUGACUGACGGCGAUGAUCAUAAGCUUUUAUUUAUAAACAUACAUGCUGUAAGCAAACGGAAAUUGAUGUAAAACAUGGCAAUAAAUCUAUGUUUUUUUGCGGUUAGUAUGUUUGAUUUGUCACAACUGCUAUUAAUGGAAAUAAUCUGUGGUAUUCAGGAUGCUUGAAUGUAUUUUUGAGUGAUGUGUUUAAAUAAUGUAUUUCUGUAAUUAAGAGUAGAGAUUUGUCAAGAUGAAAUUGUAUUUUGUGAAUAAUUUAUGACAAUAUUUUUAAUGGAUAUAUUAUAGAACAGUUUUUAUUGCAAUGUUCUUUAUUACCCUGAUAUAGAGGGCCUAUUACUUUCCACAUUAUAUAAAAUAAGAAACUGUAUUUUUUCCCUGUGGAUUAUUAUUUUUGUGGGUAUAAUUAAAAUUAUUCUCUUUUAUCAAACCAAACAAAUAAAUAGUAGUUUGGUUGCA